CUCCCACUCGUCCUCCUCGUCCUGCCCGCCAGGUUUCGGGGCGGGCGGCUGCCCUUCUUUUUUCCUCCACGUCAUGGAGGAAAAUGCUGUGCCGCACACACAUCACAGAGCGUGCACACGAGAGCGCCCCUUCGACCGAGCAGGGCGCCGGCCCGGGACGGCCGCGAUCCGCUCGGGUGAGUGCGCGACCCGCGGGCACGUCCCGGGACAGCGGCGGCGGGAGGUCCGGCCCGCCGAGCCAAGCCCUAACUUCGCGGAGCGGGCAGCAGCUCCCGCCCUCCUCCCGGCGGCUUCGCUGUAGCCGCAAAUUUGGAUGCUCGGCCGUGGCGGCGGAGUUUGGGAGGAGAAGGAGGAAAGGGCGGCACUGUGCGACUCCGCGGGAGCGCAGCGGGCGGCGCUGCGCGGGGCAGAGCGCCGGGCCGGGCCGGGCCGGGCGCGGCGCUGCAGGCGGCCGGAGCACGAGGAGGAGGGUCGGUGCCCGUGCUGCGGGAGAGCUCCGGUAAGAAGUGUCAUCCCACUACUUCUGUAUGUCCGACUUCAAACGCACGUGAAGCACUGAUGCUGGUGGGGGCUGCAGGCAGUGGCAGGAUGGAGCAGACACCAGGACUGGGUUUGCCCACCAAGCUGGCUGUACACAUAUUGAUCUCCUGGGACAGAGCACCCUAAAGAGGGGAAGAGAACACAGCAAAGUCCUGGAGAUCUCUGGGACGUGAAUGUGCUGAAAUUGAUAUAUUUUCCUGAAACUGUGAGGAUUGCCACUGGAGGCAACUGGAAAGGAGAAUCCAGCCUUUUCUAAAGCGCCUACAGAGAGCUGGAACUGAGUGGCAAACAGACAAGCAAAGCAACUUACUGUCUGCACAGGAAGUUCUGCUGGGAAAUACAGAUCCUGUGCAAGAAACAGUCCUCGUGAUUAGUACUGGGACAAAGUUGCGUGUGAUAUCCACAACUGCCAGAUCUUUGCUGUGUUUCCUAGGUGACAGCAAGAAGUUUGAUUCAUGCUGUACAUAUCAGAAGGGUUCCUUCAUGCAAGAAAGAAUCACAUGUUGGGAAUGAAGAGACACAAGUGGUCCUACAAAUGCCCCUCACGAAGGAAGAUCUUGAUUCUGUGUGUUACUGGGUGGCUGAUUGCACUGCUGAAGCUCCUCCAUGUCGAAAGACACUUUUUUCCCUCGAAAGGCAUUUACUUAGUUGAGCACUUCUUGAGCACUUCUUCUUAUGUCAGAAACAGAUAUUCAUACUCUAGAAAUGAGUUCCAGUAUGAAAUUAAUUGUUCGUCUAUAUAUGAACAAGAUCCUCAUGAAAUUGGGAAGAGUUUAGAGAUAAGAAGAAAGGAAAUAGUUGAUUUAGCUGAUGAAGAUGUUGUAGCAAUGACAAGUGACUGUCAUGUAUAUCAUUCACUUAGGAAAUACCAGCUAAAACUUGUUUCUGCAGAGGAGGAGAGUUUUCCAAUUGCCUAUUCUUUGGUUGUUCACAAAGAUGCAGCAAUGGUAGAAAGGCUCAUACAUUCAUUGUACAGUCGUCAAAAUAUUUACUGCAUCCAUUAUGAUCAAAAAGCAGCAAAAAGUUUCAAAUCUGCCUUGAACAAUCUUGCUAAAUGUUUUCCAAAUAUUUUCAUUGCAUCGAAAUUGGAGACAGUGGACUAUGCACAUAUUUCACGUCUGCAAGCAGAUUUCAAUUGUUUGUCUGAUUUGAUGGACUCUCCCGUUCCUUGGAAGUAUGCUAUCAAUUUGUGUGGCCAAGAUUUCCCUUUGAAGUCAAAUUUUGAGUUGGUGGCUGAACUGAAGAAACUUGGUGGAGGAAACAUGCUGGAAACUUCAAAGCCAAGCAGUAGCAAAAGAGAACGAUUUACUUAUCACUAUGAGCUUAUGAAAGUGCCUUAUGAAUACAUGCAGAUGCCUGUAAAAACCAACAUUUCCAAGAAUCCGCCACCUCAUGAUAUUGAGAUAUUUGUAGGCAGUGCCUAUUUUGUUUUAAGCCGAGAAUUUAUUCAAUAUACCCUCGAAAGCUCACUUGCAAAAGAUUUUUUUGAGUGGUCAAGGGACACAUACUCUCCAGAUGAACAUUUCUGGGCCACUCUGGUACGUGUCCCCGGCGUCCCUGGGGAAGUUCCGAGAUCAUCCCAAGAUGUAACAGACUUACAAAGCAAAACUCGUCUGGUGAAAUGGAAUUAUCUUGAAAACUAUUUGUAUCCUCCAUGCACUGGUACCCACCUUCGCAGUGUCUGCAUCUAUGGGGCUGGAGAAUUAAGAUGGCUUCUGAAUUACGGACACUGGUUCGCCAACAAGAUCGACUCCAAAGUAGAUCCUGUCCUGGUAAAAUGCUUGGCAGAAAAGGUUGCAGAACAACAGAAGGAGUGGGUACAUUUGUCGUCUGAUGAGCACUUUCUGCACUUAAGUUCUACGAAUGCCUUGACAUAGCAGCACUGUGUUCCCUGCUGUUUGCACAGCACCUGCAGUUCUGCUGCCUUGACCUGCUGCAGGAUGGCAGUGAGGAAAAUGUCCAUUCUGUGUAAUGUCCAGGGCCCUGCAGAGCCAGUGCCUGGCUAUUUAUUUAAGUAAUUUCUCGCUGAUUAACUGUUUUGCCACAUUAAACCUGUAAUUGUCUUCAGGGUGAUUCUGAGAUGGUGAAGUUUGCUUUUGGAAGCUCUUGUGCUCUGUGUCCCAGUGGAGUAUUUUACUUCAAGUGUGUUUGUAUCUUUCAUAAGAAACUUCAGCACUUCUGUCUGCCUGUCCUGUUUUCCUUCACUUUUGCUUUUAUUAAAGGAAUAAAGGGAAGACCUCUGUAUCUGCUACCUCAGGAAAACUGCAAGUGCCCAUCUCACAGAAAAAAAACAAGAGAUCAGCAUGAACACCAAAUAAGCCAUGUGACCUCACCUGAAGUUCCACACUUCUCAUCUGUGGGAGCUGCACAGAUCUUUGCAAUGUGAAUAUGACUGGAUGAUAUAAGGGAAAGAAGAUCCCUGCAUACUGCAUUGUGUGUACCAUUAUUCUCUUCUCCCAGCUAACUUGGGUGCUGCUUUUCCUUCUACAAAGCAUGUGAUCAGAAACUGUGCCAACACUGUUGGUUUCACAGACAGUGAAAGUUGGUUAAACAGUUGUGCACUAUUGAGUGCAUACAGUUGUGUGUUCUCCAAAGGCAGAAUAAAUUCAUGCCCUAAGGACAGUCUCUGCAGCCACUUGGGGGAGGUGUUCGUGCCAAAAGAGUUCAGUCUUCAUUUCUAUCUCUGCCUGUAGGAAUGGCUUUAUGUGAAAUCCCAGUGCUCUUGAGACAGUAUCCCUACACACAGAGCUAUUUUCAGUUGGUAUUCAGCAGUGUGGUGCUUUGUUGAAGUGUUGAACACACAAAGUUGAACAGUAAUCAUAAGAAUAGCCAUAUUACAGAAAUGAAGUGUGUUUCUGUGCAAGUCCCGUGGGUGUGCACUGCCAUGAUCCCAGGCUGACAGGUGCCUGAACGGGCCCUGGUUCAGCUGUGGAGCAAGAGUUCUCCAGUCCCUGCUUGCCAUGGCCCUGCCAGGCCUCCUAGCAGUGAAGUGGCUCAGGAGCCUUCUCGCGGCUGGGCUUCCCACACUCCUUCAUGAGGGAAGUGUUUGCAAGUGCAGGGGUCUCUGCAGAAACUCCUGCAACUCAGAAAUGCCACUGGCAUUUUGGGGGUUUCUCUGGAGUGCUGCCCUGCCACAAGUUCAGUUUUGGUGGUUCCAGUGGAUCCCGGAGUUUAGCUUUCUCCAUGCCACUGUCUUCUUUCUAGCCAUCUGUCCUUUAUUAAGGGUUCUUUCCCCCUGAGUGACUUUGGGAUAUCUGUGUCUGGUCGUACUAAUCUACAGAUUGCUCUAAUAAUGACCAUAUCUCAUAUCAAUGAGAAAUCUUUGUUCCUUAUUUGAGCAGAAAGAGUCAAGCUGCUUUUUGGUCUCAGAUUUUGUUUAUAAAUUUAGUCACGGCGAAGUCAUUCGUGGCUCAAGACUGGCUUGAGAGUCAGGAUUCUCAGGCAUUUUUCCACAUUCGUGACACUGAUUUUCAGUAAGAUCUCAGACAAGCCACCUGAGUUUUCUGUUUCAGCUGUUCCCAUUGUAGAAUGGGAACCAUAAUCUUCUAUUGUCUUGCUACGCACUUUGAAACCUGUGGGUGUUGUAGGUUUGGUUGCACAAUACUAAUUAUUUAGUAUUCACUUAUUUUGUGGAUAAUUUAUUAUCCACAAAACUGUUUCUGGAGUCUGUGGCUGCACAGGUUAAGUAUUUCUUAAAUGUACUGUUUCUGAAAUAAAUGGGGAUUAUUUUUAACAUCUGUGUUAAAACUAAAUACUUCAGUGACAUGCCCUGUCUACCCAAGACUGUCCUGACUUGAUGUAAUUUAUAAAUACUUUGUAGAAAAUUAAAUAUUGAUAGUAUUUACAGAUUCAUAUGUUAGUGCUUGCAUAUAAAAUAGAGUCCUCAUGUGCUAAAAAAGUUAAUAAAAGAGAAUGUUAGGAUCCAAGAGGGCCAAGCUACAGCCUUCUAUACAUAUAAAUUAAUGCUUAAUGAUAUAUUUGAAAUUUUGUAUUUAUUUAAACUGGCUGUAUGUAUGUAUUUGCACAUAUACCCAUUUGGGUUUAAUUGUAGUUUGAUCUGCCAUAGAUUUAUAAAAAUAAUCCACCAGCAAAUUAAACUUCGUUGAAAACUGUAAUUUUAA